UAACUCGAUUCAGUAAGAACUGUGCAUCAAAGCAGCUAACACGUUUAUAAUCAAAAUGUCUCUCUACACGGGUAACACUCUAUUUCCAACAGCGAAUAUUCCUAAUGGAAUCGCAUCACAAAUGGAUGAUAAGCCAAAGAACAGAAUGAUAUACCUGGACGUCACGCCCGCUCGGACUCCAUUUAAGAAAUUAACUUCGCCGAACACCGUAGUUCCGCUACAGGAUAAUCUCGUAAAUCCUUUAAUUAGCAAAGAUAUAAUAUAUGAGAAUAUUAAACCCGUAUUUGCAAUAUUGAGGCUAAUUGGUGUAUUGCCAAUAACGAGGCCUAAACCAGCUGUGAAUCAGUUUCAAAUAGCAUCACCCUCUAUGGUGUAUUCGGUCGUCCUUUACGUUUCACUCGUAAGCUAUGUGCUUUACCUCUCACUUCAUAAAGUCCAAAUAUUACGGACUACAGGGGCUGAAGGCAAGUUCGAGGAAGCUGUUAUCGAAUAUCUGUUCACCGUUUACUUAUUUCCAAUGAUCGCAGUUCCAAUACUGUGGUAUGAAACACGAAAAAUUGCUGCCGUAUUGAAUUCAUGGGUUGAAUUUGAGAUUGCUUAUAAACAAAUGUCUGGUCGAUCACUGCCAGUAAAAUUAUACAACAAAGCACUAGCAAUUGCGAUAAUCAUCCCUAUACUAUCAACGACAUCUGUAAUCGUCACUCAUAUUACGAUGGUACACUUUAAACUCAUGCAGAUUGUUCCAUAUAUAUUCCUAGAAAUAUUGACUUACAUAUUGGGAGGAUACUGGUAUCUUCUUUGUGAAAGCCUCAGUUUUUCUGCUAAUAUUCUGGCCGAAGACUUCCAACAGGCCCUUCGCCACAUUGGCCCUGCUGGAAAAGUUGCUGAAUACCGCGCCCUUUGGCUGCGACUGAGCAAAAUCGCUCGGGACACUGGCAUCGCUAACUGCUACACGUUUACAUUCGUCAGUCUAUAUUUAUUUCUCAUUAUAACUCUCUCGAUUUAUGGCCUCCUAAGUCAGAUAUCGGAAGGCUUCGGAAUUAAAGACAUUGGCCUAGCAUUGACUGCUCUCUGUAGUAUUUUUUUGCUAUUCUUCAUUUGUGAUGAAGCCCACUAUGCAUCUCAUAAUGUGCGCACAAUCUUUCAAAAGAAGCUUUUGAUGGUAGAGUUAUCAUGGAUGAACGCAGACGCUCAAACAGAAGUUAACAUGUUUCUCCGCGCAACCGAAAUGAAUCCUUCACAGAUCAGUCUUGGAGGUUACUUUGACGUCAAUCGCACUCUAUUUAAGUCUUUAAUGGCAACGAUGGUGACGUAUUUGGUGGUACUACUGCAAUUCCAAAUAAGCAUACCUGAUGAAAACCAAAAUCAACUAGAAAAUGGAGAGGAAUCAAUCGCAAAUAUCACAUCAACUGUUACCGAAGCCAUGACAACGACUACUACCGCUACGACUAUACUCACAACCCUGGCGAAAAAGAAAAAGAAACACUGAGACAUCACAUGACAUAAUUUCUGAAUACUCCGUCCAUCCUAAAUAAUCUGCAAAAAUGUUAAUUUUGUUUUAGAUAUAGUUAAAUACCUAAUUUAUGUUUAAUUGUUUACAAGCUUAAUUCGUGUUGCAAUUAUA